AUUCCUCAUCGUCUCACGUGUUAUUUCAGCUUGUCCGUGUUGUGCCUGACUAUUUCCCUCUUGGCCCUGAUGGGGUUGGAGUUCUAUGGAAACUUCCAGUUAUCACCGCCUCCUUGGGAAUUUGUCUGUUUCUCCUUUAUAUCUGGAGAACCAUCCUCGCUGGCCAAGAUGAAUUGGAGGAUGGAGAGCAGAGAGCCUCGAGGGCCAAAAAACGAGCAAUGCAUGAAUGUGAGGAGCUAUUGGAAGACCACUACAAUGCCCUCAGUUCUUUGAAAACAGCUCAAGAAGCCGAAUUGAACAUGCUGAGGAGGAAAGUGGAUAUUGUGGUGGAUUUCUCUAAUCAAAGACAAGUGGCUGCAGAAGGGUAAGCUCUUCCUGUGUGAAUUGUCACAAAUACUGUUGUAUGAAGUUAUGUGACGGCCUGUCUAGAUACCUGUAUUUCUUUUAGAAUUAGAUCUCGAGUAUUUUCGCCAAAUGCAUUCUGUAGAAUUGUGCCUGCCUGUCCUGCCUUUAUGUGUGUAACCUG